AUGGCCCUGUCUGAGCCCCUCAGGCUGCAGGAGGUGGACGUGCGCGUGGUUGGCCUAGACAGCUGUCGCAGGCUCUACUACCCAGAGCCCAUCACCAAGAACAUGCUCUGCGCUGGUGACGUCCAGGGCCAAAAGGGAUUCUGCGAGGGCGACUCCGGGGGCCCCCUGGUCUGUCAGCUGCGGGACAGGCGCUGGGUGCAGGCAGCGGUGGUGAGCUUCAGCAGGGGAUGUGCUGAGCCCGGACUCCCGGGGGUGUAUGCCCGGGUCUCUUCCUACUGGGCCUGGAUCCAGCGCCACCUGCUCCUGCCCGGGCACUUUCGCAGGAACUUCAGCAGGGGCUGACCCCUCUCCUCUCAUCUGCAUUCUUCCACCUGUUUCCCACGUGCCCGAACGCCCCUUCUCCCUUCCGUCCCGCUGGCUUUGCCCCUCGCGCUCAAACACCGCCGCCCGCCGCGCUCGGUGCUCCCGGUCCCCACCCGCCCCCGAUCGGCCAGCUGACCUCCGGAGCCCAAGUGCCGGCUCUAGCGGAGAGAGAGAAGAGGGUGGGAGGCGGGCAGUUUGCCUGGCACCUGCUGAAGGAUGAAAGCACGAGGGGGGCGUGGGGGCGGCCCGGGGCGGCCACCGCCUGUCCGCGCGGAAUAAAUGCUUGGCUCCCUG